AUAUUUAUAUAUGUUUUUAGCAUCAACCAUUACUUGACUUAUGCAAUUCAAUUCCUAAGCUAGUUGUAGACCUUGGCUUUAUAGAUACUGAUGUUCACUUAUUAUCUAUUGAUGUGAGCUAAAAAUUUAAAAAGUUUUUUUCUUAUUAUUUUAAGUGUCAUAACAUUAUGAACAGCUCACAUUCUUUUGAAGAUUAUGAUGUUCAGGAACUUGAAUUAGCAAUCAAAAACUUGAUGGAAUUUUAUAGAAUGACAUGGCCAGAAGCUACUAUAACACCAAAAAUGCAUUUACUUGAAAGCCACGUAUCUCAGUUCAUUGAAAAAUGGAGAUUAGGAAUAGGAGUUUAUGGUGAACAAGGUGGUGAAAGUUUGCACGCCGAGUUCAACAAUCUGAAUAGAUUAUUUUGGCAUAUGAAGGGAUGUAGCCGACUUGAAAGCACUAUCAAAGAACAUUUUCUAAGAAAUCACCCUAAGGCGAAAGGUAUGAAGCCAGUCGUAAAAAAAAGGAAAAAGAAUUAAUAAACAUUUUGCUAAUUUUACAUAUUAUAAUAUUUGUUAUAUUUUAAAAUAUAAAAGAUUAACACAAAUCGGCAUAGCAUGCCUCGCAUUUUAAAA